AUGCUGCCCCCGGAGCUCGGGAAGCAGAAGCCCAGUCGUGUGUCGGACCCGUUCGGCGGAUCGGACCGUCCUCAGAUCCCGCCUCGGCGCUUCAAGAACAGGGACUUUCCUCUCACUGUCGGGUUUCUUCUUGUUUCCUUAGUGAUGGUUGUGGUUGAUAAAAAACCAGUCAGAGUGCAGCUGUGCGACACAGCUGGACAGGAUGAGUUGGAGCGCCUCCGCCAGCUGUGCUACAGAAACUCUGAUGUCUUCCUCCUCUGCUACAGCGUGGUCCGGCCCUGCUCUUUUCGUAACAUUACCUUCAAAUGGCUUCCUGAUAUUCGCCAGCAUUGUCCCAACGCGCCCCUGCUCCUGGUCGGCACACAGCUGGACCUGAGAGAAGAUGUGCAGGUGCUGAUCCACCUGGCGCAGAGUCAGCAGCGGCCCGUGAGCACGGAGGAGGGCCGGCAGCUGGCCCUGGAGCUUGGGGCAGUGGGCUUUGCAGAGUGCUCGGCCCUGACGCAGAAGAACCUGAAGGACACUUUUGAUUCAGCCAUCCUGGCCAGCUUCCAGCAGGUGGACAGCAAAGAUGUCCAGCUGCAGAGUCUGGCGGUGAGGAAAAAGACUCCUGAGAAGAUCAUGAGCCUCUCAGAGACCUGGUGGAGAAAGUUCAACUGUCUGACGGGAGAAGAAAGCUGUGAAUUCAAAUAAAGGUCUCCUUCUGAC